AUGAACUCGCAGUUACUUGCCCCUCUCAGCAGUAUUCAACAGGAUGGAUUGUGGUCUUUGGGUGUUAGCAAUUAUCAACCUGUGCGUGACCUUAGAGCUUUGUGUGAAAAUUUUUAUCCUCGUGGGUUUGACAGAAUUGUUUGGGAUGAUGGAGGUUUGAACAAGGUUUCUCUUUCGGCCAUCUACAAUUCUCUUCAGGAUCAUAUUAUUCCUCCACCUUGGUUAUCAUUUGUUUGGAAUAAAUUCAAAGUUUCUAAAUUUGCCUUCACUACUUGGUUAGUUAUGAAGGAAAGGCUCCUUACCAAGGAUAGGAUGCAGAGUUUUCAAAUGAAUGUUAAUCUGGACUGCCUCCUUUGUGGUAUUGACUGUGAAUCGCAUCAGCAUCUCUACUGUGCUUGUAGUUACACAAGGACUAUUCUACGUGCUUGUCCCUUGGCUGUCUCUUCUUCCUGGUUGGAUAUUUGUGCUGGACGUCCGUUAACCUCAGUUGCUGAUCCUGCUAGGACUCAUAUUGCUUACCUGUACAUUUCUGCCACGUUUUAUCAUGUGUGGACAGAACGUAAUUCUAGAAUGCAUUCCCCUGGUCAUCUCUCUCAGCCAACCUUGAUUAUUCAAAGGAUUCAAGAUACUAUGCGUAAUCGCCUUUUUUCAUGUGAAACUUUUACAAAAGCAGCUCGUUUAGAUUCUGCUUUACAUAGUUUUAUAUUCUGA